GGGUCUGAGAAAGGGGGCACAGAAGCUGUGUCCGGCUGUGAAGAUGGCAAGAAGUAGUCCCUGAAGCAGCCCAGAAUGGCCAAGGAAGAUAAGGCAUUCAAGCAGAAACAGAAAGAGCUGCAGAAGAAACUCAAGGAGCUAAAAGCAAAGGCCAUGGGGAAGGGCCCCCUGGCCACAGGUGGAAUUAAGAAAUCUGGCAAAAAACUGUUCCUUGUGCCUGAGGCAAUGGUGAUCCUUAAUUCCAUUCUCAUUUAA